AAUAAGAUAGGGAGAAUGGCACCAAUGGCACCAAAGACCCUGAUCUUCAUCCUUCUGAUGCUUGUUUCCACCACCAUCAUCCAUACAUGCAGUGCCCAAACUGACAAAAAGUUCCCUGCAAUUCUGACCUUUGGAGAUUCAACUCUGGAUACUGGCAACAACGACUUUCUUGAGACACUAUUCAAAGCCAACUUCAAACCUUAUGGUAAAGACUUUCCUGGGCAAGUCCCUACUGGGAGGUUUUCUAAUGGAAAACUUGUGCCUGACAUUCUGGCCUCUCUGCUGAAACUUAAGGAGACUGUCCCACCUUUCCUGGACCCAAAUCUUUCCAAUGAUGAGCUCGGUACUGGAGUCAACUUUGCCUCAGCAGGAAGUGGGUAUGAUGAGCUAACCACUUCUGUAUCAGGGGUGAUCCCAGUGAAGAAUCAGACUCAGUACUUUGAGGAUUAUAUAAAGAGGCUCAAGGGAGUUGUUGGGGAAGAAAAGGCUAAGAAUAUAAUAGAGGGGGCUUUGGUUAUUGUGAGUGCAGGCUCCAAUGACCUCGUCUUCAACUACUAUAGCUUAGCCGGCAGCAGACGUCAGCUUAAUAUCACCCAGUACCAUGAUUUUCUGCUACAAAGGGUCCAAGACUUUCUCAAGGCUAUAUAUGAUCUUGGAAGCCGAAAAAUAGUUGUUGCUGGGCUUCCUCCAAUUGGGUGUCUGCCAAUCCAGAUAACUGCAAGUUUCAAGUCACCAAGCAAUAGAACAUGUCUGACGGAUCAGAACUCAGAUUCUCAAGCUUAUAACAGCAAGCUUGAAACCUUGCUGGGUCAAUUAGAAGCAUCAUUUCCUGGAAGCAAAUUUGUGUAUUCAAAUCUGUUCGAUCCAGUGAUGGACAUGAUCAAUAAUCCACAAAAAUACGGGUUUGUGGAAACCAACAAAGGAUGCUGUGGAAGUGGGUUUUUCGAAGCGGGACCUCUCUGCAAUGCGUUAUCUGGGACAUGUGACGACACUUCCCAGUAUGUGUUUUGGGAUAGCAUUCAUCCUACUGAAUCAGUUUAUGCUCACAUAGCCCAGAACUUGAAGGAACUCUCAGACAAGCUAUAA